GUACUACGAUUGCCAAGACGUGAAACAGCAAGAUGGCGGGCCCCAGGUGUCGGUAGCGUCUGCUAGUUGUCCCGACGUCUUCGCGAUGACGAAGACUGCGAAGCACCGUUCGGUGCAAAGCACAAAUGACAGCUGCGUGAUUAGCAAGCACUCGAUGACAUGUAGAGGUUACGAAACAGACGACUUUCUGCAUUAUUUUGUGAGUAAACCAGCCAGGAGGUCGCCCCUGAUCAACCGUGGUUACUACGUCAGAGCCAAGUGCGUUUCGCGUCUGCUGCUAAAGUACUGUAGCUUUCUCGGAAAGCAGCCGUGUCAGAUAUUGUCCAUCGGCGCUGGAUUUGACACAACGUUUUUCAGGCUCAAGUCUGCAGGUGUGCUGCCCACCCAGUGUCGCUACUUCGAGAUCGACCUGCCUCUCGUAGUGGCGAAGAAGACCGAAGUUAUCAACGGUUCUUCCGAACUGUCGGAGUUGGUCGGCUCGCCUGUUGAACCGGGGAUCUGGACGAGUUAUUGCAUACUCAACCAGGACUUAUGCGAUCUCGAGGGCUUAGAGGCCUCGCUGUCGAACGCCAAAUUCCUGUUUUCGGUUCCCACGCUGUUACUAUCAGAAUGCGUCCUCUCUUACGUCGACACCAAGCACUCCGAUAAAUUGGUCGCGUGGACGGCUAGAAAAUUCCAAGACGUCAUGUUUGUGGUCUACGAACAGAUUCGGCCCUACGACGCGUUCGGCAUUGUCAUGCUGAGGCACUUUGCAACGUUGGGCUCGCCUCUGAAAUCGCUUACAGACUACCCAGACCCGGAUGCCUUAAAGAAGAGGUACCGGUUGCUUGGCUAUGACAGCUGCGAAUGCAUCACCAUGAGAGAGUUCCUCGAUCAACUCGACCCAAAGGAGUCUUUGCGCGUUCGUUCGCUGGAGCCGUUCGAUGAGUUCGAAGAGCUCCACGAGAAGUGCAACCAUUAUGUCGUCUCUCUUGCCAGAAAAGGAGACAUCUUCAAUGCGUUUGAAUCUGGCUUCGUGCCACACACAGCGUCGGAAAAGAUCAAACUGUCCAUGGAACACCGAGUGUCUUGGACUCUUUGCGAUGUUGACGCGAGUCUUCGGCGAUUUGGACACGCUUCUGUGACAACACCUAACGGAAAGUUGCUGAUCGUCGGUGGGUUUGCAGAAAAUGGUGGCAAGCACCAUCGCAGCUUCGCGCCUGUCCUUGUAGACCUUGUCGAUUUCAGGUCGGAGUUGCUGGAUGUCGGGUUGGAAGGACGAAAACACUUCGCAAUGACGUGUCUCGAUGACAGCAAUAUACUGAUCAACGGUGGCCGUUCUUCUCCGCUGAAAGCCUUUCAAGACGACGUCUUCCUUACGAGAACGAGCGAGGACCUAUACGUGGCAAGCAACGUUGCUUACAACUCAGGAGCACCGAAGCCUAGAUGGAGGCACACGCUCUGCAGUCUUCGGCAAGACGACGGGACACUCAGGGUUGUUUUGUUUGGAGGCCGGACUGUGGGCGUUGGAGCACUCGGCGACUGUCACGUUCUGGACGUCUCCACGAUGGAGUGGGCGGAGGUUGGUCACGGUAACGACGCUCCGACGCCGCGACACAGCCACGCGGUUGUCGGAAGAGACGGCGUCGAGAUGGUGCUGGCUUGCGGACUCUCGGCCGAAGAGAAAGCGUUGAACAGCGUGCACUGCUUCAAUGUCUGCACUUCGACAUGGGUUCGGCUGCCACUGUCUGGGCUGUUGCCGAGAUACGGCCACACAGCGCAUCUCAUCAAUGCCAGGAUCCUGGUGCUGAUCGGAGGUAUCGGCGGCGAUCCUGGCACGCCCUCCGGCAUUGCGGUUGUCGACAUUGGGGCACUGACAUGCAGGGAAGUCGCCCUGCCGGCUCAGGACCCCCAACGCCCUUUCAUGACCUUUGGCCACACGAGCGUGCUCACAAAAGACUGUGCUGGAAGGCGAAUCGUGGUUAUUGUCGGUGGCGGAGGCAACUGCUUCUCGUUCGGGACCCACUUCAACCGCCAGGUCGCGCUCCUGGACGUGGAAAACUGCAUGGUGUGAAGGCGUGCGGUGCGCAUGCGUGCUCGAGUUGUGUACAUUUCUUGAUUCGAAGCGGGGGUUCUAAGAAGUUUUCUUUGCCAAAGAAUGCUUACCUCUCUUCGGUGGACAACCAAGGGACCCGUCUUUGCCUCGGCAUUAAUGCGGUAAUGCAGUAAAAAAGACCCAUAAGCCUUUAAACAACAGUGCACAUACUAGGGAAAUGUUAAAGACAUAGCUAUGCAUCACCACAUGGCUCGUAUCUGCUGAAAUAGAGCUUAAACUCGAAAAACCACGUUACUUGGAGGCAAAGGCAAUUGAGGAAAUUUGGGAGCUCCAAAAACCCCUGGGUUCCUAAAAACUCGUUUUGAGAUUUUGUCUUUUAAGGCAUUGUAAAGAAACCUGAAACUGGGGACAAGCCACGCAUAACACGGGUUUUCUUCAGCCCAGGACGUGUAGUGCGCUGUGCUAGCUGCCGGGCGUGCAGACGAAAUGCGGGUAAUACGAAUGCCGUAACUUAGCAAACAGCGAAGGCAACGGAUCCAGCGAGCCGAUUGGAGAGUCGAAGCCAGGCGCGUGACAGCAUGACGUCGGACUGCGUUCUUCAUCCGGAAAGCUGUCGCACCUUUUGCUUCGUCACAUUGGUGGGCUCACGGGGCCCGUGGCAUUCACUCUUUGCGAAGCUGGUUAAAUUUGGCUUUUGGUGCAAUGAAAUUACUGCAAGAACGGUGCACAAACUUCUUGCAGCACUGCUUGCUCGGGAUGCAACCCGCAACCAUUUUCUUUCUAAAGCAAUGAAAAAUUGUGGCCAAGGAAUCUUUGGUUCUUGUAAAGAGUCUUUUGUACAGAAAAAAAGAUGAGCCGAAAUGAGACGUAGAGGUACAAAGCUUGCAGGGGUCAUGUGACUGCCAAGCUGGUUCGUGCCUGCCAGUUUCAUGUCACGUCCAUGUGUCAGACCGCACAGCCGUCACGAAUCAUGAACAGUUUGAAGUUUGAAAUCUUGUAACAACUCAGUUUGGCACAUCCCCUGGAGACUUGAAGGUGUGUGCUUGACCCACGAGAACCAUCGCUUCUCCAAUGUUGAAACUACCUCUGCCGACGUCACGGUCUGAAACAGCAAUUGGAUACAUUCGGAACUCGCAGAAGCGACUUCAGGACAAACUAUUGUUGGCGACUUACGAGCAGGGCCAAGGAUCCUUCUUCGUCGUCUCUUUCGAGAUCCUUGUUCCCAUCAUCUUCUUUGUUUAGUUCCUGAAACGAAUUUUGCAAUAGCUGUCUU